UGAUCACAAACCUUCAUAUAUCAUUUCUUGUAUCCUUCACAACUUCUUUAAUUUCCUCUCCACUAAAAGCUAUAUAUAAAUCUUGGCAUUUGGCAAAACUACUCAUAAUUUAAUUUCUUGAAGUUGUGUAAAUAUGGAUAUGGUGAUGAAGUUGGGAACAUCAAGCGCAGUGGUGAUAUUCACUAAGAGUAGUUGUUGCAUUUCUCACAGCAUCGAAACUCUUAUCCGUAGUUUUGGAGCAAACCCUACAAUUUACGAGCUCGAUACUCAUCCAAAUGGAAAGCAAAUGGAAAAGGCGUUGAUGAAACUUGGGUGUCAACCAACACCAGCAAUAUUUAUAGGGAAAGAGUUAGUUGGUGGUGCAAAUGAGAUAAUGAGCCUUAAUGUGAGGGGCAAGCUUAAGCAAUUACUCAUUAGGGCUAAUGCCAUUUGGGUAUAGAAAGUAAUUAUAAUUAGGUAACAAGCGUAUAUAUUUGGAGUUU